AAAAUCUACUAACUGCUGACAGGAAGUCGUCAGCACGCUCAUACGUCACUUCACUCCAAUACGGAAGAGGUCGUCAUCGUUAAGGCUGUGAGUUGGAAGCACGGAUAUGUCGUGGAUAAAAGAAGGCGAGUUGUCCCUGCUUGAAAAGAUUUCUGCCAAUAUCCUAAAGGCAGGACCCAUGCCUAAACAUGUGGCCUUCAUCAUGGAUGGUAAUCGACGUUUUGCACGUAAGAAAAACAUGGAACGGCAGGAAGGACACAUGCAGGGCUUCAACAAGCUGGCAGAGACACUACGUUGGUGCAAGCAUCUGAACAUCCCAGAGGUGACGGUGUAUGCCUUCAGCAUUGAGAACUUCAAGCGCACCGAAGAUGAGGUGGAUGGUUUGAUGGAGCUCGCCAGGCAGAAGUUUGAAAGGCUGCUGGAGGAACAUGAAAAUCUAGAGAAACAUGGCGUUUGUAUCCGAGUGCUGGGCGACUUGAAUAUGCUGCCACUUGACCUUCAACAGCUUAUUGCCAAAGCCGUGUUCACAACCAGGAAUCACAAUAAGUGUUUUGUCAAUGUGUGUUUUGCCUACACAUCAAGAUAUGAAAUCACCAAUGCAGUCAGGGAAAUGGCAUGGGGAGUAGAGCAAGGCCUGAUCAAAGGAAGUGAUGUGUCGGAGGCAUUGCUAAGUGAGUGUCUGUACAGCAAUAACUCACCAAAUCCUGAUUUGCUCAUCCGCACCUCUGGAGAGGUGCGCCUCAGCGACUUCCUUCUUUGGCAGACCUCUCACUCCUGCCUAGUAUUUCAGUCCGUUCUGUGGCCAGAGUACUCAUUCUGGAACCUGUGUGAAGCCAUUCUGCAGUAUCAAUUAAAUCACAAAUCCAUCCAGAAAGCUAGAGACCUCCAUCGAGAGCAUCAGGCUCUGCAGCAGCUAGAAGCAGAUCGUGCUUGUGUAGCAGAGCUCUUGCAGCAUCACAGCAAUGGAAAGCCCGUCGAUAGCCAGAGAAGACAAGAGGCGCUACUACACUACACUUCCUGCCGGGAAGAACGAGUUCGAGACUUCCUAGAAGCACUGAAGCACAAAAGAGACUCUUUCUUUUCUGACUUAUGCAGUGAAUCCUUGUUGGCCUAAGAAUACAUAGAAGAACAAAUUCUCUGAAGCGGGGACGAAGCCUCUCCUAUGUCCUCUUCCCAAAAGGGCUUCUGUGGAAAAGGGAAGAGCAAGCAGUAACUGGGAGCGGUUUUAUUUUGUUGCUGAUUCAUAUAAGAGGGCAGUUUUACCCCUAUGGGGCUGUAGAAUAAUCCUGCUAUUUAUGAUUGUAGAUUUAAAAACUCUAAUAGGUGGAAAUGACUGGUCAAGAUGUAGUUAAAUCAUCGUAUAAACUGUCAGUUAAAUGCAUGCCGUUGAACGGAAGGUCAUUUUAUGCGAGUGAAAGCCACGGAUCCUGUGUUUCGGUUCCAAAACAUUCGUCCACAGAACUUUUAAAUUGUUGUUGAAGCAUAAAGUGUUGUUUGUUGACUGUGAUUUUUGAUUACAUAACUAUAUUUUGACCAGCUUUCUGGAACAAAAUAAAAUGAUUACUGUAUGUCAGAUAUGAUUAUUAAAUGAUGUGAAAUUCU